UUUCUCAGGGUCUGACCUAGACUUUUAUUAUUGUGAUUAGUACCUUAACUUAGACAAUUGCCGUCAGGCCUAUUAAAAAACAUCUUCUUUUGUUUCUUUCCUUAGGUAGUGUUUGGAAACCAUGUGCCUAGGCAGAUGUUAUGCCUUUCUCCAUAGCUCCACACUCCCAGCAACGCUCACCACACCCUUGUUUUGAGAACCUCUCUGAGUCAGUCCAGGAGCAAUCUGCAGACGUGUAUUUGGAAGCCACUGGACCAGAUCAUUUCUGAGGUCCCCUUCAGCUCUAACAUCCUCCCCUGCCAGCAUCCAGCCAUGGGGGAUAUGAAAACUCCAGAUUUUGAUGACCUUCUGGCUGCCUUUGACAUCCCAGACCCCACCAGCCUUGAUGCCAAGGAGGCCAUCCAGACCCCCAGUGAGGACAAUGAGAGUCCUCUCAAACCCGCAGGCAUGUGUAUGGAUGAGAGCGUGUCCUUGUCUCACUCAGGAUCUGCCUCAGAUGUGCCGGCCGUGAGUGUCAUCGUCAAGAACACCAGCCGCCAGGAGUCGUUCGAAGCGGAGAAGGACCACAUCGCUCCCAGCCUCCUCCACAAUGGAUUCCGGGGCUCAGACCUGCCUCCAGAUCCCCACAACCUGGGUCACAACUGUGGGAAAUUUGAUUCAACUUUCAUGAAUGGAGACAGUGCCAGGAGUUUCCCCGGCAAGCUAGAACCUUCCAAGUCAGAGCCAUUACCGACCUUUAACCAGUUCAGUCCAAUCUCCAGCCCAGAACCUGAGGAUGCCAUCAAAGAUAAUGGGUUUGGAAUGAAGCCCAAGCACUCUGACGGUUAUUUUCCACCCCCUCCUGGGUGUGGGCCUGUGGGGGGCCCAGUCCUGGAGGCUCUGGCAAAGUUUCCGGUCCCAGAGCUGCAUAUGUUUGAUCACUUUUGUAAGAAAGAGCCCAAGCCAGAACCUCUGCCCUUGGGGAGUCAGCAGGAACACGAGCGAGGUGGGCAGAAGGUGGGGGAGCCUCACAAGGAGCUGGAUGCCAGUCGAUUCUUUGGGGAAGCUUUGGAAUUCAACAGCCACCCCAGCAACAGUAUUGGAGAGCCUAAGGGGCUUGCCCUGGAGCUCGGCACCUGCUCGUCAGUCCCCCCUAGGCAGCGUCUGAAGCCAGCUCAUUCCAAGCUGUCCUCUUGUGUCGCAGCCUUGGUGGCCCUGCAGGCCAAAAGAGUGGCCAGUGUCACCAAGGAGGAUCAGCCUGGCCACACAAAGGAACCCUCAGGGCCCACUAAAGAGGGCUCCAAAGGCAGCCCCAAAAUGCCCAAGUCACCAAAGAGUCCCCGGAGCCCCCUGGAGGCCACUAGAAAGAGUAUCAAGCCCUCGGACAGCCCUCGGAGCAUCUGCAGUGACAGCAGCAGCAAAGGCUCCCCUUCGGUGGCUGCCAGCUCCCCACCAGCGAUUCCCAAAGUCAGGAUCAAAACCAUUAAGACGUCAUCGGGGGAAAUCAAACGGACCGUCACGAGGAUCCUGCCGGACCCUGACGAUCCCAGUAAGUCCCCCGUUGGGUCCCCUCUAGGGAGUGCCGUUGCCGAGGCCCCGAGCGAGGCGCCAGAGGAUGAGGUCACGGCCUUGCGCGCGGUGGAGCGCUCUCCUGAGGCGGGCGCAAACGCCGGGAGCCCCCAGGGUGACAAGAAGGGGGACGAGAGCGCGCCGAAGGCCAGCGAAUCUUCGUCUUCCUGCUGCAGCUCCGGGUCUCGGGCCCCAAAGGGGGCUGCCCCCGGCCCGCAGACGGGCAGGAAGCAGCAGCAGAGCGCGGCGCCUCAGGCGUCCGCGCCGGCCGCCGCCAGCCUCCUGCCCAAGGCAGUGCACCUGGCCAACCUGAACCUGGUCCCCCACAGCGUCGCCGCGUCAGUCACGGCCAAGUCCUCCGCGCAGCGGCGGAGCCAGCCGCAGCUCACCCAGAUGUCCGUGCCCCUGGUCCACCAGGUGAAGAAGGCCGCCCCGCUGGCCGUGGAGGUCUUCAACAAGGUCCUCCACGGCUCCAACCCCGUGCCCCUCUACGCGCCCAAUCUCAGCCCGCCCGCGGACAGCAGGAUCCACGUGCCGGCCAGCGGGUACUGCUGCCUGGAGUGUGGGGACGCGUUUGCCUUAGAGAAGAGCCUGAGCCAGCACUACGGCCGGCGGAGCGUCCACAUCGAGGUGCUGUGCACGCUGUGCUCCCAGACGCUUCUCUUCUUCAACAAGUGCAGCCUGCUCCGGCACGCCCGCGACCACAAGAGCAAGGGGCUCGUCAUGCAGUGCUCCCAGCUGCUCGUGAAGCCCAUCUCUGUGGACCAGAUGUUCGCGGCCGCCGCCCCCGCGAACUCCCCGGCCCCGGCCGCCCCCGCCGCCCCCGCCGCCCCCGCUUCCCCCAAACACGGCCCGGCUCCGGGCGGUGCGGGCCCGGCCCUUCCGGCUCUGCCGCUCUACCCGGACCCCGUGAGGCUCAUCCGGCACGGGAUCAAGUGUCUCGAGUGUCACAGGCAGAUACGCGACUACAUGGCCAUGGCUGCGCAUUUCCAGAGAACGACGGAGGAGACCGAGGGGCUGACUUGCCAGGUGUGCCAGAUGCUGCUGCCCAACCAGUGCAGCUUCUGUGCCCACCAGCGGAUCCACGCCCACAAGUCCCCCUACUGCUGCCCGGAGUGCGGGGCCCUCUGUCGCUCGGCCUACUUCCAGACCCACGUGAAGGAGAACUGCUUGCACUACGCCCGCAAGGUGGGCUACAGGUGCAUCCACUGCGGGGUCGUCCACCUGACCUUGGCCUUGCUGAAAAGCCACAUCCAGGAGCGACACUGCCAGGUUUUCCACAAAUGUGCAUUCUGCCCCAUGGCCUUCAAGACUGCCAGCAGCACCGCGGACCACAGCGCCUCUCAGCACCCCACCCAGCCCCACAGACCCUCCCAGCUCAUUUAUAAGUGCUCCUGUGAAAUGGUCUUCAACAAGAAGAGACACAUUCAGCAGCAUUUUUAUCAGAAUGCCAGCAAGACGCAGGUGGGCGUCUUCAAGUGCCCUGAGUGCCCACUGCUGUUCCUGCAGAAGCCGGAGCUGAUGCAGCACGUCAAGAGCACCCACGGUGUUCCCCGAAACGUGGACGAGCUGUCCAGCCUCCAGUCUUCAUCGGACACGGCUUCGAGCCGGCCUGGCUCUCGAGUUCCCACCGAGCCCCCGGCCGCCAGCGUGGCCGCUCGGGGCAGCUCCCUGCCCUCCGGCCGCUGGGGCAGGCCCGAGGCCCAUCGCAGGACCGAGGCCAGGCCCCGGCUGAGGAACACUGGCUGGACCUGCCAGGAGUGUCAGGAGUGGGUUCCUGAUCGGGAGAACUACGUGUCCCACAUGAAGAAGAGCCACGGUCGGACGUUGAAGCGGUACCCGUGUCGGCAGUGUGAGCAGUCCUUCCACACCCCCAACAGCCUGCGCAAACACAUCCGCAACAACCACGACACCGUGAAGAAAGUCUACACUUGCGGGUACUGCACAGAGGACAGCCCCAGCUUUCCUCGGCCCUCCCUUCUGGAGAGCCACAUCAGCCUUAUGCAUGGUAUCAGAAACCCUGAUUUGAGCCAGACGUCCAAAGUCAGACCUCCGGGUGGACAUUCCCCUCAGGUGAGCCAUCUGAAAAGACCGGGCAGCGGAGCCGGGGACGCUCCGGGCACCAGCAAUGGCGCGGCCGUCUCUUCCACCAAAAGGCACAAGUCCCUGUUCCAGUGUGCGAAAUGUAGCUUUGCCACAGACUCGGGGCUCGAGUUUCAGAGCCACAUACCUCAGCACCAGGCGGACAGCUCCACAGCCCAGUGUCUCCUCUGCGGCCUGUGCUACACCUCUGCCAGCUCCCUCAGCCGCCACCUCUACAUCGUCCACAAGGUGAGAGACCAGGAGGAGGAGGAGGAGGAGGAGGAGGAGGAGGAGGAGGACGCGGAGGCGGUGGCGGUGGCGGAGGCUGCGGAGGCCGCGGAGCCAGAGGAGGGCUCCGGGGAGGAAGUGUCCAUGGAGACCAGGGAGAACGGACUGGAAGAAGGUGCCGGAGAGCCUUUGUUGGGCGACACAGAGGCGAGGUCGCCAGGCCCGGCUUCUGAGGAGGACGGAGCCCAGGACGCUCAGAGUCAACCACAGGCCUCUCAGGACCAGGACAGCCACGCUCCGUCCCCUCAGGUGUGACCGGAGGUGUGGCAGUGUGCGUGGCCGGAGGGGUGCCCCGGGCGUCCUCCGUGUGCCAUGGGGACGGUGGGAGAUACGAGGCUCUGCCCCGGUGUGCCCUGGAGCAGUGCCCGCCCUGAGCUGUGGGGUCUGGGUGUCCCCCAGCCCCGGGCAGUGUGCGGUCACCCGGGACCCUGACAGCUCUGAAUUUGCUUCUGUUAUUUAUGGCUUUGUGCUGCUUCUUGGUACCCCAGCUCUUGUCUGUGUCCUUCCAACCCCAGGCCGCGUACGUGGCCCGGCCCCAGCGCCGUCGUCUUGGCCUGAAACCCCUGGGCGCUGUGCUCUUCCGGGAGGUCCCCGCCCGCUGCCUGCAGCCAGGGCUCUCUUGGGAGCUCUCGCGGGCUGCAGAUGGGCCGCUCUGCUUCCUGCCAGCGGAGCCGGAGAAGGGGGUGAGGCUGCCGGCGCGGUCCUUCCUGGGGAGCUCUGCCCGGGCUGGCCUGCGGAGGGCCCUCAAUCACCCUGCCCUUCCUUCUUGUCUUCUCGGAUUCUUUUCCCCCAAAAACGGUCCUGGAGAAUUGUCACCCGGGCCCCUCCUGUCUGUGCGGGUGGGAGAAGGUUGUGCAGCACACUGGUGUUUGGACCCCGGGAGGGCAGGUGCCGCGGUCCAGGCAGGCAGGCACCGAGAGGCACACCCCCUUCAGAAGGAGCCGUGUGCCCCUGUUCUGCUGCUGUUCUGCCUUUCCUGACAAGUGGGCUUGGGGGCACACGGACACUGGGAUCUUUGUACUCUCGCUCCUGUGCCAUUAGAGAGGCCGCCGCUCCGGGCAGGCCGGCCCCUCCUCCUCCUGGCUAUACUCAUGUUGCUCAGACUAUAUUUCAAAUAAAAACUCUUCUUACCAUGCAGGUGGGCUCUUGUAUUCCUCUUCAGGUGAGCCUGGCCCUACCCUGCUGCGUGUAAGAGUCUCUCCCACACUUCUGUCACUGUCCCAUCUCUAGGGGAGAGCAGUGUCCUGCCGUCCCAGGAAGGUCCUUCCCAGAUUCUUGGAGCCGUGGUUAGGAAACCGGCGGCUCAGAACUUGGUCCUCUAGAAACCUUGCAAGGGCGUGAGGGGAGGGUCUUUGUACUGGUCAAGCGUCACCUGCAAGGCCUCCCCGGGGUCAGCAGCCUUGGCAUUAGGGCCCACUGAAAUGUUCUGGGCGCCUCUCUCUUUCCUACAAACCGGUGGCUGUGGGGCGGGGUGGGGGGGGAGAUGUUCUGUAGUUAUCUUGUGUUCGGGAGGCCUUGCUGUUGCUGCCGCCACAGGGACCUCUCUGGUGUGGAGAUUCGGGAUCAGACGGGAGGCUGGGCCGUCUUCACUGCUGGCAGAGUCGGGGCCCUGUGGAGGUGACCUCUGAGCUCUGACCCAACCCGUGGCUGCAGCCCUGCAUGGCCGGGGUGUGGGGCUGGUCCGGCGGCGCCCAUUGCAGCAGAGGGAGGCGGGUGCUGGCCGAGUUCUUACAGGUGCUCUUUCAAGGGAGGCACUAUCAGUUGUCAGAUAAAUACGCCUGACCUUUUCACAAUUGAAAAAAAGUACAUUUUCUGUCAGAUCCCAGUGGAAAUGCGAACGGCACGGGGCACCGCUAAGAGCCCGCCUCCGUUUCAGACCCUGCCGUCCCUGCUUCCCAGGCAGGCAGUGAGGCAAGCUGGGCCCGAUCCGGCCACCUGCAGACGCUGAGGCCACCCCACGUGGGCUGUCAUCCCUUUCCUGGUUCCGCUGCGGGGCCCGCCCUGCCCCCCAUGGUCCAUUCGCAGGGACGGAUCACAGAGGAGGCCCUGAGAAGGGUUUGACAUGGAUUGUUGCCUCUCUUCCCGCUCAGAAAUAGCGGUGGGUGGAGUGGGGGAGGGGGUAGUGACCUCGCAGCCUCGACGACCACCUGUCCUGACCCACAUCCAGCUCUCUUUCCCGGGAGCGGUGUGGGGUGAAAAGACCGACCUCCUCGCCAGGAAGCCUGGGCCACAUCCUGGGUUCCGCCCCUAAUCGGCUCUUAGCAAACCCACCCCCCUUCCAAAUAGUCCUGGUGACUCCCCUCCAUCUCGCCUCACAGGCCUUUGUGGGAUGAGGAGUGUGGGACCUUUUCUAAGUUUGUGAAACACUAUAUGAACGUAAGGGAUUCUUGCCUUUAGGGCAUGGAGGGUGGGGCGCACCCCACCUGCUGUUCAGGCUUGGAUGCGGAUGGUCAGCGAUAACUUGCCCGGGACACGUAUCCAUCAUGUAGCAACAGUGACGGCGAUGGCACUUCAGACCCUGCUAGCGUGCCCCAUAUCUUGCUAAAUACUUUCCGGUGGUUUCCAUUUAGUCCUCAUGAGGAUCUCACAGAAAGAAAACCGAGGCUCCGAGAGGUCAAAUAACCCGCUGGGCUGCCUGUAAGUGCUGGUGCCGAGUCAAGCCCGCGGGAUCCUCAAGUCCACGGUGUCAAUCCCUGUGCCCCGGCUGCUUUGGCUGGCCACCAGCUCAGUGGCACUCUGCAGCCACCCACACACCUGCCUUCCUACCUCCCCUGUGGUCGGGUAGCCCACGGAGCGCCAGGUUCUCUUUGCAGUCAGUCUGUGCCAAGUCACCCCAAGGAGAGCCCUGCGUGAAACUUCCGUGCGUGACGCUCUGCAGCCCGGGCAGUGUUUCCCCGACCUUCCAUUCACAUUGGGGUAUAUCUUGCAUUUGAAGACUGUUUUUCGGGGCGGGGGCGGGGGGGACCAUCCCAGAAAACAUGGUUCCCUCAGGGUCCAAUAUCUUCCGAUCUUUUCUUUUUUUCAGAUGUUUUUAAUGGGUGUGCUAUCAUAUCGUUUGUUAUCAUCAGAAAACGCUUGCUGUAACAAGCACUUAUCUGCACAUUAGCCGGAGUGAACACUCUGCUGAUCAAGUUAAACAGAUAAGAUCCCCACCCUUGUAGAAACUACAACUUAAUACACUCUAAGGCUUGACAAAUGACUCGUAUUUAUUUUCCAACUGCUUUAUCUCUGUAAAAUGAUGUGCUGAAUUACUAUAAUUGGUGUAGAAAGAACUGUUCCCUUAACUUAUGUAAACAGUCUGGUUUUGAAAACUUCACAGUUGUGGCUUAGCGAGUUCUCGACACACUCUGCCUUCCCUGAGACAGAGGAACCCCUGCUUGCCCUGUUCACCACUGUAUAUUCCGCUCUGGGCGCACUUUCUUUAACUCGUUUUUAAAUUUUUUGUUGUUGUUUUGAAAAAUUAAUACAUUUACACGGUAAGACAUCCAAACAAUACAAAAGAGUGAGUAUACAAUGGAAAGUAAGCUUCCUAUCGGAGGUCAGCCUUCAGUUCCCCAGCCCGCCUCCAGAACUAAUCACUGUUACCUAGAUCCUGUGUACCCUUUCUGAGCAAUUCUAUGCAUUUACAAGUUUAUAAAUAUGUAUAUUUAUAUAUCUAUUUUUAAUACAAAUGGUAGCAUUCUA